AUGUUGGCCCGAUUGGAUGUUCCUGGGAAGGGAGUGGGCAUGACGCAGCGGCAAGGAGAUAUUUUGAAAAUGGCGAACUACAUAACGCUGCAUGGGCUGUCACCGCCAGAGAACAAGGUCGCGGCCGGCAGGCUACGGGAUGAGUGGCAAAGAGCGGCAGGAGGAGACGAGGACAAGUCGGAUAUGGUGCGGCCGCUCGGCGUCCUCAUGCCCGUGCACGCGGCUGCCGGCGUCGAUAAUAACGCCCCUGCGCAAGAGCGCGCAGGUGCCACCAUGCCACCAGGUGCACGCAAUGGCGUCGACGUGCUCACGCCCGGCAAGGCCCACGUACUGGCUCUUGCGUGUCACGCCAAUCGGAUGGGGAUGAAGGCGGAGUACGCCUGCCCGAGCGCGAGCAUGGGGAACGCGUGCGUCUUCAGCACCGAGAACAACAUCGGGCGAGGAACGGCACGGGCACGUCAAGCGUGCCUGAUUAGCUGUGCCGCGCGGCACCCCAACCAGCGAGGAGGCUGUCAGUGUGCAUCGAGCGGGCGUGGGCGAUGGUGCGGGCCCGCGUGGAGGAAGAGGACUUGGAGCAUCCUGCCUUCAUGGCCCAAGUCGGAGAGCAGGGGUUGGAUGGGGACGGUGUGCGUCCGGAGCGCGGAUGGAGUUGAGAAGGUCGCGCCUGCACCCAACGCCGAGUGUGCCAUGGUCGUCCAACGCACUGCCAACGGGGAGGAACACGGCAUCGGCGUGUGCGCGGAGGAGGACGAAGUAGAACGUCUCACAGCCGCAGCGAUGAGGCGCGCCAUGUAUCCUUCUGUGGCUCUUUCCGGGGGCAAGUCCGCCGAGUCGCCCAGCUGGCCAGAACGUCCUCAGGACCCUGGCGUCCUUGACGUGGUCCUGGUCGGCGGCGAGCUCGUCUUUAGUGAGCGAUACGUUGGAUUACGUGGGCCGUAUGAGAGUGAGCUCGGGCUGGGUAGACAAUGUGGAGGAGGCGAGACGGACGGCGUGGGGGUGAUCGUGGACGCCGAUGGGGAGCCAGAAGUGGUUGGAGAGGUUGCUGCCGUCGCAGAAAUGGCGAUAGCGGAUGUCGAGCCUGCGCGGAUUUUCCUCUCCAGCAGCCCCUUUGUCGCCAUGUAG